GGACCGGCUGCCAUCUUAGUCGAGGGACUGAGGAGUCGCCGCCGCCCCGAGUCCCGGUAACAUGCAUUUAACAGUGACCUUUUGGAGACAACGCCUUAACCCAAAGAAGUGACUUAAGAGGUGGGACUUUCAGGUGUGACGCCCAAUUGGUGGUAUGUCUGACAGUGGAUCACAACUUGGUUCAAUGGGUAGCCUGACCAUGAAAUCACAACUUCAGAUCACUGUCAUCUCAGCGAAACUCAAAGAAAAUAAAAAGAAUUGGUUUGGACCAAGUCCUUAUGUGGAAGUCAUAGUAGAUGGACAGUCAAAGAAGACAGAAAAAUGCAACAAUACGAACAGUCCCAAAUGGAAGCAACCACUUACAGUUAUUGUCACCCCUGUGAGUAAAUUACAUUUUCGUGUAUGGAGUCACCAGACACUGAAAUCUGAUGUUUUGUUGGGAAGUGCUUCAUUAGAUAUUUAUGAAACAUUGAAGUCAAACAAUAUGAAACUUGAAGACGUAGUUGUGACUUUACAGCUUGUAGCUGACAAAGAGCCCGCAGAGACAAUCGGCGACCUGUCAGUUUGCCUUGACGGACUGCAGUUAGGAUCUGAAGUUGUUCCUAAUGGUGACACUGCAUGCUCAGAAAGUACUUCACAGAAUGAUGAUGGAUCCAGGCCCAAGGAUGAAACAAGAGACAGCACAAAUGGAUCAGAUGACUCUGAGGAUACAGGAUCUGGUGAAAAUAGGAGGGUCAAUGGGAAUAAUUCUCCAUCACUCUCAAAUGGUGGUUUUAAACCCUCUAGGCCUCCAAGACCUUCACGACCACCUCCACCUACCCCACGUAGACCAGCAUCUGUCAAUGAUUCUCCAUCUACCACUUCAGAAAGUGACGGUUCUAGCACAGGUUCUUUGCCACCAACAAAUACAAAUGUAAAUACAUCUGAAGGAGCUGCAUCUGGAUUAAUAAUUCCUUUCACUAUAGCUGGAGGUGCAGGCCCUAGGCCCUUAAAUACUGUUGCUCAAGCUCCCCUACCACCUGGUUGGGAGCAGCGAAUGGACCAGCAUGGGCGAGUCUACUAUGUAGAUCAUGUUGAAAAACGAACAACAUGGGAUCGGCCAGAACCUCUACCUCCUGGUUGGGAACGGCGGGUUGACAACAUGGGACGUAUUUAUUAUGUUGACCAUUUCACAAGAACAACAACAUGGCAGAGGCCGACAUUAGAGUCUGUCCGUAACUAUGAACAGUGGCAGCUACAGAGAAGUCAACUUCAAGGAGCAAUGCAGCAGUUUAACCAGAGAUUCAUUUAUGGGAAUCAAGAUUUGUUUGCUACUUCACAAAAUAAAGAAUUUGAUCCCCUUGGCCCACUGCCAUCUGGUUGGGAGAAGAGAACAGACAGCAAUGGCAGAGUAUAUUUUGUCAAUCAUAACACUCGUAUUACACAGUGGGAAGACCCCAGAAGUCAAGGUCAGUUAAAUGAAAAACCUUUACCAGAAGGCUGGGAAAUGAGAUUCACUGUGGAUGGAAUUCCCUAUUUUGUGGACCACAAUAGAAGAGCAACUACCUAUAUAGAUCCCCGCACAGGAAAAUCAGCCUUAGACAAUGGACCCCAGAUAGCCUAUGUUCGGGACUUCAAGGCAAAGGUUCAGUAUUUCCGGUUCUGGUGUCAGCAACUGGCCAUGCCUCAGCACAUAAAGAUUACGGUGACAAGAAAAACAUUGUUCGAGGAUUCCUUUCAGCAGAUAAUGAGCUUCAGUCCCCAAGAUCUGCGAAGACGUUUGUGGGUGAUUUUUCCCGGAGAAGAAGGUUUAGAUUAUGGAGGUGUAGCAAGAGAAUGGUUCUUUCUUUUGUCGCAUGAGGUGCUGAACCCAAUGUACUGCCUGUUUGAAUAUGCAGGGAAGGAUAACUACUGUUUGCAGAUCAACCCUGCUUCUUACAUCAAUCCAGAUCACCUGAAAUAUUUUCGUUUUAUUGGCAGGUUUAUUGCCAUGGCGCUAUUCCAUGGAAAAUUCAUAGAUACGGGCUUUUCUUUGCCCUUCUACAAGCGGAUCUUAAACAAACCAGUUGGACUCAAGGAUUUAGAGUCUAUUGAUCCAGAAUUUUAUAAUUCUCUCAUCUGGGUUAAAGAAAACAAUAUUGAAGAAUGUGGUUUGGAAAUGUACUUCUCAGUUGACAAAGAAAUUCUAGGUGAAAUUAAGAGUCAUGAUUUGAAACCCAAUGGUGGCAAUAUUCUUGUAACAGAAGAAAAUAAAGAGGAAUACAUCAGAAUGGUAGCGGAGUGGAGGCUGUCUCGAGGUGUUGAAGAACAGACACAAGCUUUCUUUGAGGGCUUUAAUGAAAUACUUCCUCAGCAGUAUCUGCAGUACUUUGAUGCAAAAGAACUAGAGGUUCUUUUAUGUGGAAUGCAGGAAAUUGAUUUGAAUGAUUGGCAGAGACAUGCCAUCUACCGUCAUUACACAAGGACAAGCAAGCAAAUCAUAUGGUUCUGGCAGCUUGUUAAAGAAAUCGAUAAUGAAAAGAGAAUGAGACUUCUGCAGUUUGUUACUGGAACCUGUCGAUUGCCAGUGGGAGGAUUUGCUGACCUCAUGGGAAGCAAUGGACCACAGAAGUUUUGCAUUGAAAAAGUGGGGAAAGAAAACUGGUUACCCAGAAGUCAUACUUGUUUUAACCGCCUGGACCUGCCACCUUAUAGGAGUUAUGACCAACUGAAGGAAAAGCUGCUGUUUGCCAUUGAAGAAACAGAAGGUUUCGGACAAGAGUAGCUGCUGAGAGUUUGCCCCACUGAAGGACAAGACAGCAGUAUUUGUCCUCCCUCUUUGCCUAUUGCACAUCUUCUUGUCAAUGGACCGUGACUGUUUAGAGAGUUAUCUGUGUGUAAACAAAUGAAUGUUAUCACUGAGAUUUCUCUCCCAGUGAUUCUGGAUUUCUACCCAGCCGUUCCCAGAAAUCAGAUCUGCAAAUGACUAGUCAAAGCCUUCUUAACUUGAGAGUUAACAGCAAUGAACUCUGCCUUGUCUUAUUCUCCUAGAUUGUUUCCUUAACAAUUUUGUAUACUGUGUCAGAAGUCUCACUUGGGAGUAGUUUGUUUUUCUUUAAGGUUCUGCAACUAUGCAGGGAAGUCCUUUGGUAACUACAAUAUGCAAGAUCUUGAUGUUAAGCCCCUUGGUUUAAGGGCAUUUGUUAAAAGAACAAGCGGGACCCAGCUUCUGGGUCCCGGGGCUGACUCGGGCUUGUGCUCUCCCGCUCACUUCAGCCUGGAAGUGUGUUUCCUUUCUGAAGCGUGAAUCCAUGCAGCAUUUUGAUGUUACACCUGGAGGAGAUGCAGGACAGGACUCUUGCAUCUCUCUGCAAAGUAGCUUUGUCCAUUCGAAUUCAGGGAGCAGUUGGUCCCAGCCUGCAAAUGACUUCAUACUGCUCAUUUGAGAAUUUUGAUUGUUUCAAUUGCCUUGCAAAUACUAAACUGUGCAAACAACAUUAACACUGUGGUUCUAUCACUGUUGUGUACACAAAUUAACCUAGAAUUGGGAUUAAUGUAACAGUUCCUCUCAAGCUACAGUGAAUAUUGGUGUUUGGGAAAAGAAUACAUCCUUAUACUUUUGUCAUAAUCUACCUUUUGUUCUACAUCAGUGAUUCUCAACCUGUGGGUCCCGACCCCUUUGCGGGUCCGAACGACCCUUUGACAGUGGUCACCCGAUUCAUAACAGUAGCAAAAUGACAGUGAUGAAAUAGCAACGAAAAUUACUUUAUGGCUGGGGUGGUCACCACCACAUGAAGAACCGUAUGAAAGGGUUGCGGCAUUAGGAAGGUGGAGAACCACUGCUCUACAUGAUGAUGACCAGGUAGCUCGGGGUGUAAGCAGAGUUGAGGGCAGUGAAACAUGCUCGGCAGUGCCAUUGCUGUGGGAGACUGUGGUACUACUGGCUGCCUAGUGCCCACAGCGCUGCAUACCCCUCUCUGACUGGCUUCAGAUAUCGACUAAUGCCCCUUACCUACAAUAUUCCUUUCACACUUAAAAGUUUUAGGUUUUCAUCCAUCCUUUUUACCACCACCCCACCCCUCCAGUACACCUUUUAACCUUAGACUGCUCCUUUAGUAGCCAGUUAAUGCACUUUGAACUUCCCUGUACUUAAUUUCUUUUCACUUGGCCUAACCUAGACUCUGUUGAGAUGGCUCCUACCAUGGAUUUUACUGUACAGAUUAGAUUGUAGGGUGCAGCCAAGCCAGGGGAGUUAGCUGUCAUGGCUGAUCCCUGGGGACAGCCUCUGAACCCAGGACUCUAGCAGCUUUGAGUAGGAUAGUACACAUUCAGUCAAUAGUAAACAGGAGACUGACUAAUGAACUCCUCUUCGGUUUUGAUUUGGUCCCCAUUUAAACCCUGAAACCACAAUUUAUUUUAUUUUUUAACCUUGUGCAUCUAUUUGAGACACUGCCAUCAGAAAGCAGAGACGUGUGUGAAUAAAAGGGCCGCCUCGUCCAGAGAUUGUUGGUGUCAAGGGGGAAAUGAGGCUCCCCCUAACUCUCACUGUACCUUUUAUCUUACAUAGCUUGGGAAAUGUCGUAUGGUCUCCAAAAGCCCUAGUUGUUUUCAAAGUCGGGACUCUGCCUUCUCACUGGCAGGGAGAACAGAUGCUAUUGCUUUGUCUACAGAGCGAAUGUCUGCCACCAACCCACUCAUCAUAUAUGUCUGAACCUCGGUCAAACAUGGCUGUGCAGAUUAAGCCUUAUAAAGAUUUCUUCUUGAGGUGAUUUCUCAUAUUGAAAUGUAGUAACCUACAAUAGUUACAAGAGAUUUAUGAGAUUAAGUUAAGAGAUAAUGUAAGAAAGUAGCCUUUUGUUUUGUUCUACAUAAUGCUUCAUGAUUCAUUUAGGGACCUAGAAAUAUCAUGUGAAAAUGUAUAAAUAUCACCCAAAAGGCUUUCUGCCCUAUAUUUUUAAAAUACAGAAUAGUUAUAUUUGAAUUAGCCCUGGCCCUAGUUCUAUAGGGUUUGGCUAUUUAAUAUUUUUAUGGAAGAAACGUUUAGUUCUGGAAAAGGUAAAUGCUUGUAUAUAUUUUUGCAGCCUGGGAUCGCCCUUACUCCAUUUCUUCCUUUAAUUUAAUGGCCACAUGUAUAUGUCUUCCCUGCUGUUUUAGGAAAAUGGGGCUGGAUAUCCCAAGAAUCAGAGACUAUAUAAAAAUACGGCAAAUAUAGACAGACAAAAAUAUCUACCAAAUGCUAUCUUGAAUUUUGGUCUAAAAGGAACAUUUGGAAAUAGAUUUAUUGUAAGUGUUAAACUAGCGAUUUAGUAAAUCAAAACUAAAUUGUUUAGAGUCCUUUUUCUUGUAAGCAUUGUAAAUGCUAAUAAAUUCUGUUAAUUUUUUUCUUUUUUAUUGCAUGUUUCAUGGAAAUAAAAACAAAGUGACAACUGCCUUCUUCUUCUGAUGUUGGGGGAUUGGGAAAGACGGCAUUUUACAGCGUGGGUCCAGUGAAAGGACCUCAUUUGGUUCAUCAAAUGGAAUAGUUAAAACUGAUCCAGCCGCCUAGAUUAGUGAUUUCCUGCUCAUUUUUAUGAUCUUAGGACAAAGCGCAGACGAAUCCUAUUUCAUAAGACUUACAAUAACUCUAUUAAAAGAAUACAUUUAUCUGUGAAUAACCUGAAGUGUUAUGAUGGGUGACUCAUGGGUAGCUGAGUGAACCACGGGAAUUAACUUGUCCUCUGCUCUCUAUCCCUCCUUAUUUGAGAUGUAACUUCAUCUAAACACUUUCAGGGUUUUAUUACUUUUUAGUAAUUGGUAUCUCCAGCCCCCCAUCCCACCCCUAUUUUCUUUCCUUUGCGAGUUAUUUGCAAAAUGUGUGUAUAUGUGCUUUCAUUAACUAAAUGAACGGCAGCACUGGAUUGUGUAAUAUUGUACCGGGGUUUCUUGUGUCCUUGGACUGUAAUUUCAAUGCUCAGGUAACUCUACAACUACCACAGGAAGUCACAUGCUUUUAUAAAGGUCCUCAAGGGGGCUGCCUUACUUGCAUUUUUCUUACAAGACGUAAGACUAUGUUUAUAAUUAAACGUUUUUGGUCCUUUA